GUCGCUUUCCUUUUCAGUGGAAGGGAGGAGAUUCUCUCUUCGCCGCCAUUUUUAGAGAAACUUUGCUGGCUGCUGCCUGACGUUAGCAGCUAGCGGGUUUGGCCAGCCAGCUCCCAAUGACAGUUAACGCUUGGCUGUCGUUAGCCAGCUCACCGCUCAGCUAGCCUUGCGUUGCUUUAAAUUGUUGUUAUUCCUGCCGCCCGUGCCGGUCAACACAGGCGACAAGAUACGAAUAUCGUUAAUGUGGAGAAAUAGGGAAGACUUGAAGCCAGCUAGACUGUUCUGUGUUUGGGAAGGGCAGUUAUGCGGUUUAUUUAGCGAAUUAGCAUUGCUAUCUUUACAACUAGCGAAAUUCCCACUUUGGUUUCUCUGAACUGCAUUGGCUGUCUGUGAUUUUUAGCCACCCCAGGCAGCUGCGGGCAGGGUGACUGAAUUGUUCACCUAAUAACUCAACUCAUGUGGAUUUCCCCAUUUACUUGGUGCCCAUGCGCUGACUUCCUCAGGCUCCCACAUAGCUGCAAAUGAGUCUUCAGCUGCUUUGGUGUAGCUCUGCGCCCAGAUAGUCCCAUCCCCUCUGUGCGGGCGAUACGGGACUACGUAGACCAGGAUGCCUUCCUCUGUGAGGGCGGGGAGCCUGAAGGAUCCAGACGUGGCCGAGCUGUUCUUCAAGGAAGAUCCAGAGAAGCUUUUCUCUGACCUCCGAGAGAUUGGUCAUGGCAGCUUUGGGGCUGUCUAUUUCGCACGGGAUGUGCGGACGAAUGAGGUGGUGGCAAUUAAAAAGAUGUCCUACAGCGGCAAACAGUCUAACGAGAAAUGGCAGGACAUCAUAAAGGAGGUGAAGUUUCUCCAGAGGAUCCGACACCCUAACAGCAUAGAAUACAAAGGAUGCUACCUUCGUGAGCACACAGCAUGGCUGGUGAUGGAGUAUUGCCUUGGCUCAGCCUCUGACCUGCUUGAAGUCCAUAAAAAACCUUUACAAGAAGUUGAGAUUGCUGCCAUUACACAUGGUGCUCUGCAGGGGCUGGCGUACCUUCACUCCCACAACAUGAUCCACAGGGAUGUGAAAGCUGGUAACAUCCUGCUGACUGAGCCUGGCCAAGUCAAGCUGGCAGACUUUGGCUCCGCCUCCAUCGCCUCACCUGCCAAUUCCUUUGUGGGAACGCCAUAUUGGAUGGCCCCGGAGGUGAUUCUAGCUAUGGACGAGGGCCAGUAUGACGGGAAGGUGGACGUCUGGUCCUUAGGCAUUACCUGUAUAGAAUUAGCGGAGAGGAAGCCUCCAUUGUUUAAUAUGAAUGCAAUGAGUGCCUUAUACCACAUAGCACAGAAUGAGAGCCCCACACUGCAGUCCAGUGAAUGGACGGAUUACUUUAGAAACUUUAUUGAUUCUUGCCUUCAGAAAAAUCCUCAAGACAGGCCACAUUCUGACGACAUGUUGGGUCACGCGUUUCUCCAGCGUGAGCGUCCAGACUCUGUGUUGAUGGAUCUCAUUCAGAGAACCAAGGAUGCUGUUCGGGAGCUGGACAACUUGCAAUACCGCAAGAUGAAGAAGAUCCUCCUUCAGGAGGCUCACAAUGGGCCCACCACUGAAGCCCCGGAGGGAGAUGAGGACCUGGAGCUCGGCGGAGGUCGCACAGGAACGGUGAACAGCGUCGGCAGCAAUCAGUCCAUCCCCAGCAUGUCCAUCAGUGCCAGCUCCCAGAGCAGCUCUGUUAACAGCCUGAACGAAGCAGCGCAGGACAGCCGCAGCGAGCUGGACCUGAUGGACGGAGACCACACGGUCAUGUCCAACAGCUCCGUGAUACAUGUCAAACCGGAGGAAGAAGAGAGUCUUUCUGGGGAGCAGGCAGCCAGCAGUCAGCCAACUGAGCCACAACCGGCACCGGCUCAGGCCCCGAGGAAGCACUACCGCAACAGAGAGCACUUCGCCACCAUACGCACGGCGUCACUUGUGACGCGUGAGAUGCAGGAACACGAGCAGGACUCAGAGCUACGGGAGCAGAUGUCGGGUUACAAACGGAUGAGAAGGCAGCAUCAGAAGCACCUGAUGGCCCUGGAGAACAAGCUGAAAGGAGAGAUGGAUGAGCACCGGAUGAGGCUGGACAAGGAGCUGGAGAGUCUGAGGAACAACUUCACUCAGGAGAUGGAGAAGCUGCUGAAGAAACACCAGGCUGCACUGGAGAAAGAUCUGAAGACAUUUGCCAACGAUGAGAAGAAGUUCCAGCAGCACAUCCAGGUUCAGCAGAAGAAGGAGCUGAGCAGCUUUUUGGAGUCACAGAAACGAGAAUAUAAACUACGCAAGGAGCAGCUAAAAGAGGAACUUAGCGAGAACCAGUCAACUCCCAAAAAGGAGAAGCAGGAGUGGCUGUCCAAGCAGAAAGAAAACAUUCAGCACUUUCAGGCGGAAGAAGAGGCCAACCUGCUGAGGAGACAGAGGCAGUACCUGGAGCUGGAAUGUCGGCGGUUCAAACGGAGGAUCCUCAUUGCCAGACACAACGUGGAGCAGGAUUUGGCAAGAGAGGAGCUGAACAAGCGGCAAACACAGAAGGACCUGGAACACGCAAUGCUGCUCAGGCACCAUGAGUCCAUGCAGGAGCUGGAGUUCAGGCAUCUGGCGACCAUCCAGAGGGCGCGCGCCGACCUGAUCCGGACCCAGCACCAGACGGAGCUCACCAACCAGCUGGAGUACAACAAGAGGAGGGAGAGGGAGCUGAGGCGGAAGCAUGUGAUGGAGGUCCGGCAGCAACCCAAGAGCCUCAAGUCCAAGGAGCUUCAGAUCAAGAAGCAGUUCCAAGAGACGUGCAAGACGCAGACCCGGCAGUACAAGGCUCUCAGGAACCACCUCCUGGAGACCACGCCCAAAUCUGAGCACAAGGCCGUCCUGAAGAGGCUGAAGGAGGAGCAGACCAGGAAGCUGGCCAUCCUGGCCGAGCAGUACGACCACUCCAUCAACGAGAUGCUCUCCACCCAGGCGCUGCGGCUGGACGAGGCUCAGGAGGGCGAGUGUCAGGUUCUGAGGAUGCAGCUGCAACAGGAGCUGGAGCUUCUCAAUGCCUACCAGAGCAAGAUCAAGAUGCAAACAGACGCGCAACACGACAAGGAGAGGCGGGAUCUGGAGCAGCGGGUGUCGCUGCGGAGGGCACUGCUGGAGCAGAAAAUUGAAGAGGAAAUGCUUUCCCUCCAGAACGAGCGCUUGGAGCGAAUCCGCUCGCUGCUGGAGCGCCAGGCCCGGGAGAUCGAGGCCUUCGACUCGGAGUCGCUGCGGCUGGGCUUCAGCAACAUGGUGCUCACCAACCUGGCCCCAGACUCCCAAGGAGGCUGGGGGGGCGGAGGCGGUGGAGGAGGCCAGGGAGGUCAGGGGGGAAGCCAGUGGCCCGGAGGCGGUGGAGGAGGCAGCCAUCACAGUCACCACCAGGGGGGCUCCAGUUCGCAGCAGCCCUGGGGCCACCCCAUGCUUGCAGGUGGCCCGCCGCCCUGGAGCCUCCACCAUCCCGGAGGAGGGAGUCAGAGAAGUAGUCAGGGAGGCGCAGGAGGGGUGAGGAACAGCCCGCAGGCUAUGAGGAGGACGUCAUCGGGGGGGAGGAGUGAACAGGGCAUGAGCAGGAGCGCCAGCAUCACCUCUCAGAUCUCCAACGGUUCCCACCUGUCAUACACCUAAACACACAAGAAACAGUCACUGAAACUAAAACACACACAAACACACACACUCAAAGUGCACAGCACAGAUAGGUCAUAUCCCACAAUGCACCUCACCAUGCAGACUGGUGAGACUGGCCCGUCGUUGGAAACCCAUCAGAGCUGAAACCAAGCUGCAGCUUCUGAAUGCCAUUCCCAGCCAAUCAGCUGCAGCCAAUCAGCUCCGUUCAGCUCAGUCUGCGUUGCCAUUCAGCCGCCAUAUUCACCAUAGAGUUUCACCAGAGACCAGUUUGCAGCAGGUUCUGUCAUUUUUAAGGGACGAGUUGCACAAUAAAUCUUCUCGUGCGGAAAAAGUUGCUGCUUUAACUGGAGUUACAUAAAUCCUUGGGAGAUCCCGUCAAAACACUCAAUAAGACUGAAAUUAUUGACGUGCUCUUAGAUAAAUGUUUGGAAGGCAGAAGAGUAGAGAAAAUUUAAAGGAGGGAAAGAAUGAAAGUCGUGUGUUUGUAUCAACUGGGGAAUUUCCUGUGCAGACGAGUCUCUGGAAGUUUGGAUUCACUUUAAGCAUUUUCAAAUUUAAAGAAGUAAAAAAGCUUUGAAAGCUUUUACAGAUUUUUUUUCCAAUAAAUCUGCAAGAUAAUUAAGAAUUUAAGUUAAUCAAAAACACGUAAGUUGAAUUUGAUUUAAUUUACAACUUGAAUUGUUAAUAAAUUAGAUUUUUAGGGCCUUAUAAAAUCAAUCAAAAUUAAUUCAAAGUUAUUUCCUAAAACUUCUGUUUUUCUAAAGAAAUAUAGGUGGUUAUAAAGAACCAGAGAUUUAUAGGUAAAAAUAACGCGCAUUAAAAAAAAAACAUUUUAAAUGCUUUUUUUUUGGCUACUAAGUAUUUCUGAAACAAUUUUUUAAUCUGAAUCCAUGUUUUUAUUGAAGUUGGUUUGGAUAAGAUUACAUAUUUUGCAGAAUAUGUUGAAAUGUUCAGAAAACCUUUGAAAUUGGAGUCUGGAAACGUUUCGGAUUUAAAGUAAGAAAAUUAUGGCAACAGCCUGAGCGAAUGCUUCGAGGUCGGAGUAUUUGUAGAGACUUAAGGCCAGUUUCCAAUGUCUCGUCUUUGUUGACCCUUGACCCGCUUAUAUGGAUCUUAAUCCAUUUUCUAUGAGAAUGACAUUUAAAAACUGCAUUUAAAGUAUUUUGCUUUUACCCAGAGCUCCUUAUUUGUUUAUAUUCUCGUUGUAUUGUGAGAAAGCAGUUGUUGUGAAACAGAGUUUUACUCAUUUGAAGUUACUAAUUUAAAGACUAGUUGUUGUCGUACUACAGAGACUGCAGUCAUCACCUGAACUCACAGAUUUCCAAAAGGUCGACAACAUUUCAAAGCGGCAUAUUCCAGGACUUACUGAGGAUGUAAGGCCUAAAAAAAAUGUAAAGUUUAAUGUUUUCCUUUCACACUUCCUGUUAUCUGUUGAAGUUGAGUCUGGGUCAGUUUUCCCCUUCCUCAGUUGCACCAAAUGUCCUAAAGGUUUGAUCCCAAAGAGGUUGCAAAACUUAAAACGUUGGGUAAAAAAACAACCAAAAGGGCAAAAAUACAAAAUGUUGACUCUAAUGAGCACAAUAAUUGGUCUCCGUUUUGCUUCCUCUCUGCUUUUACUUCAAAACUCCUCACUAAUACCAAAAAUACAACUUUUCAGUGUAUUUUUGUUACAACUUCCAUACCACAUGGUGUUGUUGGCAUGAACGUGUCGCCUUCAAUGAUUGGAAAAAGGUUGGAUUUCUAGUGUUUGAUCAGUCAAGUUUAACCCAUUUAUCUAUGAAGCUCUAGUUAUUUAAGGACUUUGUGUCAGACUGCUAACAUGCUAGUUGUAGUAGUAGUUUGGGUCACAACUGUCCAAGCCAGCACUGGAUUGUAUUAGUUGUUAAGUGCCAGAGAGGCUCAGCCAGUUUAAGCCACACAGCCAAGUAGUAGCAGCGAUGAUUGGCUCAGCUCCUGGGUUUCCACCGACCUCUGCCCACCCAGUCUCGCUCUGGCGGACGCUGUAGUUAGCCCACCAUCCCUCACGAUGGCGUUUCAGCAGUAGGUAAACACAACUUGAAUAAAAGCCGGUGAUCGAUCUUCACCGGUGAGCAGUAACUCCACAAUGUCCUGAACGAUGCAGUACGAGCCUGUCGGCCUGUUUGGGGGGGUGCAGUCACAGCGAGUCGCACUUUGGCCAAGGCCAACUCAAAAUGUUACGUCUGAUUUCACACAAACACACAUACAGAUGCAUGUUCACAGAAAGUGUAAAGGUUCCAAUCCUUGAUGGAAAAACGGCACACAUUUUUUGAUAAAGGAGAUGUAAAUGCUGAUUUGAAGUUUUAAAAAAGGCCUCAGAUAAAACAAGUGACCAUCUUGUCUGUCGGUUGGUGACUGCUGAAUGUUUUUUGCGGAUCCAUGGGGGGUGGUGCUGGGAUCUCCGCUGCUGUGCCCCUGCAGAGCCCCUCCCCCGGUGUGACACCCCGCUCUGUCUCACCCUCCGAUCUGACCACCGAUCUCCCUGCGUCCUUCCACCUUCGCCUCCUUCCCUCCCGUGUCUCUCAAGGGCCCCAAACCCGGGGGCCGCUCGCUGAUCUGCAGGGAAAAUUUGUCCCUCAGAGGAAGAAACGACGAACCAGGAUAUGUGCUGGUGUUUAUAUAAAUCUAUAAAAGAGAGAAUUUUAGAAAAGAUCCAAGUCUUAUUGUGAAACUGCAGAAGAAAUGUACAGUCAACAUGUGAAUAUUGUACAGCUUGGAAAUCUAAAUGACAAAUCGAAGCGAGAUGAACCUGCGGUGAGGGCACAAUGCUGUGGCGUUAGAGUUGCUGUAGUUUAAAAAAAAAAAGGGGGUUUGCUGAGUUUUCACCUGUCCCGUUUGCAGCAGUUAACUCUUUUUUGGCUGGGAACGAAAACACGGCUUUAGGUCAAAUUGCCUUGUGGAAGCAGCAACAAUUUGUUCAAAAGUGUAUGAGGAGAAUUUUUUGCACAUAAUUAAAAUAUUUUUCUCCUGUUGCUCGGACUGUACACUGACAGCGUUACACCAGGUUAGACUCUAAAACCAUUUAAAUACCAUAAAACUUAAUGCACUCUGCACCCUGAGGUAGUUUCCAAAGUCAUGCACAAAGCUCUGAAGUCCAUUUAGUUUUUGGAAACUUUAGAUCAUGUGGGAACCGCUGACAUUACUCAGGCUUUAAUCUUUGAGACUCGCAUUUACACUUCCAUCUAGAAAUAAGCAACGAAAAUUAGGCCCCCAUUCUGUCAAAACGUGCUAGAUUCUCAGUUUAGAAACUAAAUGAGUGCUUUUCUUUAUUUCUCUUCAUCUCUUUUGUGUUUUGUUUUCCUUAAACUGUCUGCAGAGGGCCAAACAACCUGCAGAGGUUCAGUUGUAUUUACUAUAGAUUUUUUUGUUGUUUUUUUGCAAGGCAGUGGGGGCAGAGUCUAGCUUUAGACGUUGGUCACUCCGAACUGGAUCAGUUGCACUGAUUGCACAAGUCAUUGACCAGUUUUACGAGUCUACUGUGACACCCGACCUCCUCCCGAAGCGGGGGGGCAGCUGCUGUUGGCGGAGAGUCGGUGGAAGGCCGGGUCACUUCUCUGUACAGUCUGUUUAUCAGUAUUCCUUUUAUUCUUCCUGUCAUAUUUGGUGAAUCUUGCCGUUUUAUUCUCCCUUGUCCACAGAUCUGUAUUAAACUGUAUCAAAGUGUAUAGUUUGUGCAAAAAAAAAUUACAAAUAAAAAAAGCUGAAUGUUGCAUAGCAGAAGAGAAUAGAUAUUCAUUCAGAUGAAAAAUAAGUGAUUUAAAAUGUAUAAAAGUAAUUCAGAUGCAAAGUUUAGGGGAUAAAUGUAAUAUUUUGUUUGUAAUUACUAUUUUUUGUUGGAAGAGGGCUACUGGAUAAAGAAUCAUCUGUAAUAAAGUAAUUUUAAUAUUUA